AUGGAAAUUGACUUGUUUUGUUGCGGAGAGUAUUAUAAUCCUCAUGCUUUAUUAAUUUAUUUGGAUCAAACUCAUAAUAUCGACAAUGGAUUGGCUUAUUCACCGCUGUUCAACAAUGUUAAACUUUGUCAAUAUUUGAUUUCACAUGGUGCAGAUGCCAAUGCUAAAGAUCAAAACGAAAGAAAUGUUCUUCAUAGCGCAACAUGGUUUAAUAAAAAAGAAAUUGCAAAGCUUCUCAUUUUGAAUGGCGCAGAUAUAAAUGCUAAAUAUUAUGAUGAAGAAACACAUCUCCAUAAAGCAGUAGAUUUUGAUAAUAAAGAAAUUGCAGAACUUCUUAUUUCACAUGGUGCCGAUCUAAAUGCCAAAAAUGAUGGCGGUGAAACAUCUCUUCAGAAGGCAAUUGACAAUGAAUAUAAAGAAAUGGCAGAACUCCUUAUUUCAAAAGUUUCCAAUAAUUAA